CGGCCCGCCCCGCUGGGGAGUGUCCCGGGACUUCGCCCAACUGGGCGGGGAACAUCAGGCAGAGCCGUUCGGGCGCAAUUAGGGACUUGGGGACGCCAGGGAUCGCUUGGGUGCUGCAGCAGUUGCCACGUCUAGUCGGGGACGCACCAUGCUGAGCAGGCGCCGCGUCUUUGCGGUGGAGAGACUUGGCAGCCAGGAUGGGGCCUUUGAAGACAUGGCACAAGGCUGUGUGGUGCCAGGGUUCACCUGCACCUACAGACGGAUACCAGAUAAAACCCAAGGAUGUUCACUGGACUUCGGGGAGGGACAGAUGCCACUUCUGAAAUUGGCUUCCCAGGACUCAGGCAUGGAGAUGGUGGUUGGGGAUAGCCCCUUGGCCACGAUAUCAGGACUUUCUCAAGAUUCUCUGAACCUUGAGCCCAUGGGGAGCCCUGAGCUGCCUUCUGCCCAGCUAGACCGGCUGCUGGCCCGAAGGAAGCUGGACCAGGUGCUGGAGAGGUCUCGAGAAUUUCCCAGCCUGUCUGGACAGCGGCGCAGGCGCCGCUCCCUGCAGAUGCUGAGCAAGCCUGUAGGUGGAGUGCCCAUCUUUGCAGGGGAACUACAGUCCACUGAGGCAGAUACUGAGCUAGAGGCUGAACUGGAAGAGGCAAAGGUGGUGGGUGAUAUGGAGUCUGGAGCAUUGACCUGCCUUCCAGGGCAGGGUUUACGUUACCUGGAACACCUGUGCCUUGUGCUGGAGCAGAUGGCAAGGCUCCAGCAGCUGUACCUGCAGCUGCAGACCCAAAGACCCCCUAGGCAUCCCCAGGAGGAAGAACUGACUCUUUCAUCAUCGUCCCAUACCCCAGACAACAGGGUGCAAGGCCACGGAGAACAGUUAAGCCAGACAAGGGACCCAGGUGCAGAGGCAGCUUCACUCUCAGAGGUGGGGGUGCUCACUGCCAACCCUCCCAGGCUGCCAGAGGCCUUGCUGGAAUCAACCCACACCCUUCCCUCCUCCCAGGAACACAAGCAGGAUCUCUCCCACUGGGACAAAGUCAAGGUCCUGCUCAAUCGCAUCCGCUGGAGAAGCCCUCGACUCCUUGAGCCCCCUGCUCCUCCUGAUGGUUCUGGACCCAGAAUGGAGUUCAGGAACCUCUCUGAAAGGAUUCAAUGCCACUCCCACCGGAAGACCUUUAUGCCAACACUGGUGGUUAAGAAACCACGAGCAAAAAACCUUUCUGUGUGACCUCUUGGUGUGCCUGGUGACCUUGGGGGGAGGGGAUUUGCCAUGAAGUCCCAUCACCUUUUGGCUUACUGCUGUGUCUCUGCACUGCCAGGAAAAGCUGUUUGUGCUGGCUCCUCUUCAAG